AUGUCAACAGAUAUAAUCUCCUACUUCGAUAGCUUACCGGUUGAACUUCUUUAUCACAUAUUAAAUUAUCUUGAUACAAAUACAAUCCUCCUUUCGUUUCGUUACGUUUGUUCGCGUUUUUAUCUUUUAUCAAAUGUUUAUAAUCAAUACCAAUUGAAUUUCUAUUCGUGUACAAAGUAUAAUUUCUACCGCUUUGCUCGUAUUAUCAAUCCCGUUCACAUUGUAUCGCUUGUCCUAUCGGAUGACGAUAGAACACCCGGUCAAAUCAAUCUGUUUCUUUCACUCUUUCAUCUAAACCAAUUUCAUGCGUUACGUUCGUUGACAUUGUUAGAAAUCGAAGAUUCGAACUUAAAUCUUAUCCUGAACGAUUUAUCACCGUUAACACUUCGAUCAUUAACGAUACAAUCUCGAACAUUUUUUACAUGGACAAAUCAAACGUUAGCAUGUCUUUCACCUGUUCUCGAACAAUCUAGUCUCAAACAGUUUACCUUAAGUAUAUGGUGCUUCGAAAUUUACGAUUUUAUAUGGCCCAAUCAAUGUCAUAUUGAACAUGUUCACAUCUCCAAUCGAAUAACCUUCGAACAGUAUUGUACCAUACUCGAACGAUGUUUAUCUUUGCGUACAUUCAUCAUCAAAGAUGUUCUUUGGAAUGACACCAACACGAUUAACGUGAAACAUUAUCGGCAAUUAAAAUCGUUGACAUUGGAAGAUAAUCGUAUGGAUAUAUUCAAAUUAGAACAAUUUCUUUCGUUAACUCCGUCGUUAACUUAUUUGAAAGUGAUUGGCAUGGCGUAUUUGAUGGAUAGUUAUCGUUGGGAGAAGAUCCUUCGAAUCAAACUUCCGCUUUUGGACAACUUCGAAUUCUUCUUUCAAUCAUGGAAAGAUAUUAGUUACGAUUUUUCCGAUAUUGAAUCAUUAAUUCGACCGUUUCAAACAUCCUUCUGGCUGGAAAAUAAACGGUGGGUUGUUAACUGUGAUUACAUAUUUAAUCCGAUCGAAGUUCUUCUUUAUUCAAUACCGAUUUGUAAAUCGUCGUUUCAAUAUCAUGAUCCAUCGAAUAAAAUUUCGUGUUCGAACUUUAUGGAUAUGUUCGUUGAUGAGGAUAUCAUGGAUAAUGUCACAGAUUUGCGAAUCAACUUAGUGAAAAGUUUCAACCAAGGAUGUUCAACGAAAAAAAACCAUUCAUUCCCAUCACCAGUGUUUCGCCAUGUAACAGAAUUAACAUUAGAUUUAAAUGAUAAAUGUGUAAUGUGUCCCACCCAAUCAUUAGCAAAUCUGCUCAAUCUUUCACAUAUAACUCAGCUGGCAUUAAACAUCAAUUAUGAUUUCUCAUCAGAUGUAAAUACAACGACUAAUUUAAAGAACAUCGUACAACACAUUUCCAACAUCCACACGUUGGAAAUUGCGAAUAAUCUAUCUACAAUCUAUUCCAAUAUAACUAUUGAAGAUAUUUGUUUAUUAAUUCCUUCAACUAUUGAACAUCUGAAGAUUACAGUGAAGAAUAUCACAGAUAUGAAAACCAUUAUCGAUCGAUUCGAACAUCUGUCCAGUAUUACAUUUCGCUUUUCGUUCUAUAAAUCGAUUCCAUCGGCGAAGAUUAUUGAAUCGUUUUUGAAUAUCAAAAAAGAUUUGACAUAUAGGAAAGACGACUGUUCGAUUCGAGUAUGGUUGAACCGAUAUUUAACGAAGAAAUUGCUAUACGUAUGA